CAACGGUCAUCUCUCGAUCGCUCGCUUCUCUGAUUGUCGGUAAAGAAAGGGCAGAAAGGCCGUAGCACUGACGGGAUGGCUGGUGUUCGAAGUAUUCUCCUCUUCUCCUCUCUCCCUCUACUGCUGGGCCAGCUCCUCUGUGGCCGCGGGGCGCGGGCAGUGGUAAUACCGGUCGACGCAGCUGCGGGGAAUGACUCUCUGUGUGUUGCCGCACAGGAUCUGAACGACUCCACCACUGAAUACCCUGCAGAUAUCUCUCCGUGUCAGUCGCUCCAAGCAGCACUCGGUAACCAACCGUGCAGCCGAGGCUGUUACCUUGACAACACUAAAAGGCUCCCUCCGAACCUUGACCUCCAGUUGUCUCCCGGUGUCUAUCGCCUCACCGCCUGUCUCGGUAUCUUGCAGGCCAGCAACCUCACGAUUCGUUCCCGUGGCGACGCUCCUGGCGACGUCAUCAUAGAAUGUGCGACGGUCCCCAACAACGAUUACUAUGACAACCUGUACGUGUGCGGGUCGGAGAGGGUGCGGUUUCAAGGGUUGGUAUUCAGGAAGUGUGGGCCGUUCUCUCCCAACGUCUUCCUCAACCAUUCAUCUGGAUUGGUGUUUGACAACUGUACCUUCAGAGACAACAUAGGUUCCAGUCUCCAGGGACAGUUCUGCAACGACGUCACACUCACAAACACUCACUUCAUUAACAACGACAACCAGCAGGUCGCCGAGCCAGACGUAAACGAAACCUCAAUCGAAGAGCUCUAUGACAGCAUCACAACUGGCGGUGGUUUCACUUUCUUCACUCGAGGCCAACCAGCCACCAUCCGAAUCGAAAAAUGCUCCUUCGUCGAGAAUUCAGCAAAUCGAAACGACCCAAACAAUACUCGACCUGUCCUACUGAAGGCCAACGGACAUGGGGGAGCUGUCCUGAUUCGACUAGCCAACGCCGAUGGAUCGGAAAUUACCAUCGCUGACUCGGAGUUUGUCAAUAACAAAGCGCAGGUGGAUGGUGGAGCUGUUUACAUGACACUAUCUGAGAGCGUUUCGGGAAGUUCCAUCUUCAUCGAGAGAAGCAAUUUCACAGGGAACACCGUUGAGGAGGCGUCUGGUGGUGCCGUUAGCAUCAACUCCUUCCAGAUUUCAUUCAAUAACACAAUAAUCGUCAGAAACUGCAGUUUCCUGGGAAACUCUGGAAAUGCCGGUGGAGCGUUCAGCAUAGCUCUCUACGACAGCGACAUCAACAGCUCUCGGAGCCCAGACGGAGUCAAUUUCACCGAGUGCGAUUUCGUCAACAACAUGGCAAAGAACGAAGGGACAGCCGUCGGGCUGUUUUCCCUGGUUCAUGUUGAUCAGGUCGGCUUCCCCGUCGGAUUUGAGAACUGUCUCUUCAUGAACAAUACGUCAGAGGGAGUCACCCAAGACACCAGUGCCAUCGCCGCAUUCCGAUUCCCAAUCACAUUCCAGGGGACCAACCGUUUCCUUGGCAACCUGGGGGGCGGGGUCACGCUGCUCAACACGCAGAUGAGGGCCUCGGGAGUUUUAGAGUUCGACAGUAACACGGCAGUGUUUGGUGGGGGUAUCGCCAUGGACGACCGUUGCCUGGUAACGUCUUCUGGAUGAUUUACGUAUCUCCAUUUUUGUUCAUCUCUUCCCCUCUCCUCCUCCUCCCACAGCUAGAACUAUCUCCAGGGACUAACAUAUCGUUCACCAACAAUGUAGCAAGGGAGUCUGGAGGAGGGAUUUACGUCGAAUUUCCACCAAUCAGAUUCGUUGUAGACAUUUUCAAUCGCCUGUGCUUUCUCCAGUAUCGAGAUCCGUCGGGACGAGAUAUCCCUCCACAGGACUGGGAGGACGUGGCGAUCUCGUUCAUCAACAACACAGCCAGACUCAGUGGAGCCGCCAUCUACGCCUCAGACAUGCAGCAAUGCAGCUGGCUGGGCAACUUCACCACCGACACUUCCCUCAUCUUCACUCUUCCUACUGAACUGGCCGACCGCUCACCCUUUCUGUACAAGAACAAUAGUCUAUUUUCUGCGAGUAAUCUGGUAAACAACACUAACCUAGCAACUGCUCCCUCCACUAUUGAAAUCGAUGUU